CCAGCAGCACUAGGCGCCUUGUGCUCAAAUUCCCUCCCUUGUUUCAGGGAACAAGAGAAGAGAGAAACCUGAGUGAGUGAGAGUAUCGCCAUCACAAAAAAAUAUGGCAGUUUACGGCUCCUCCUUCGCAGCCGGCAGUCAUAGCCUCGUCCCGCGGAUAAACGACUCGCGCUCCGAUCGCUGCAUCCCCGCCAAACAGUUCUGCUUGAGAGCAUCUGCAGCUGCAAGUUGGAGGUCAUCGCCAUCAGAUGGUGAGGAAAGGAAAAUGAUGAUCCAGAAAGAGAAGGACGGAUGGAAGAUCAACUUCUCGAGUGGCAAACCCGCCACCCCGUUGCUUGACACGGUCAACUACCCGGUUCACAUGAAGAACCUCUCGACCCAGGAUCUUGAGCAACUAGCAGCAGAGCUGAGAGCGGACAUAGUGCACUCGGUGUCGAAAACAGGAGGCCAUCUCAGCUCGAGCUUGGGGGUGGUGGAUCUCGCGGUGGCUCUCCACCACGUCUUCAAUGCCCCUGAGGACAAGAUCCUAUGGGACGUUGGGCAUCAGGCCUACCCGCAUAAGAUUUUGACAGGAAGGAGGUCUAAGAUGCAAACUCUCAGGAAGACGUCGGGGCUCUCGGGAUUCCCCAAGAGGGAUGAGAGCGCUUACGAUGCGUUUGGUGUUGGCCACAGUUCUACCAGCAUUUCUGCCGGUCUUGGAAUGGCAGUGGCUAGAGAUCUUCUCGGGAAGAGCAACAACGUCAUCUCCGUGAUCGGAGAUGGAGCCAUGACUGCAGGGCAAGCCUAUGAAGCUAUGAACAAUGCAGGUUACUUGGAUGCUAACCUAAUCGUGAUACUGAACGACAACAAGCAAGUCUCUCUGCCCACCGCCACCCUGGACGGGCCCGCAACCCCAGUCGGAGCCCUCAGCAGUGCUCUCGCCAAGCUCCAAGCUAGCACAAACUUCCGCAAACUCCGCGAAGCUGCAAAAAGCAUCACCAAGCAAAUGGGAGGACAGGCACACCAGGUCGCGGCCAAAGUGGAUGAGUAUGCAAGGGGAAUGAUCAGCAGUUCGGGCUCAACUUUGUUUGAGGAGCUCGGCCUAUACUACAUUGGCCCAGUGGAUGGCCACAAUGUUGAAGAUCUCGUUACCAUUUUCGAGAAAGUAAAGGCCAUGCCCGCUCCAGGACCUGUUUUGAUCCACAUCAUCACCGAGAAAGGGAAAGGCUACCCACCCGCUGAGGCUGCUGACGAUAAAAUGCAUGGAGUCGUGAAGUUUGACCCGAAAACGGGCCAGCAGUUCAAGUCAAAAUCUUCGACCCAGUCGUACACGCGAUACUUUGCGGAGUCUCUGAUCAAGGAAGCCGAGGUGGAUGAUAAGAUCGUGGCCAUUCAUGCUGCUAUGGGAGGUGGAACAGGACUCAACUUCUUCCAGAAAAAGUUCCCGGACCGAUGCUUCGACGUCGGGAUUGCAGAGCAACAUGCUGUCACGUUUGCAGCAGGACUAGCCACAGAGGGUCUCAAGCCAUUCUGCGCCAUCUAUUCCUCAUUCCUGCAACGUGGGUACGAUCAGGUCGUCCACGACGUAGACCUCCAGAAACUGCCAGUACGCUUCGCAAUGGACCGGGCUGGUCUAGUCGGGGCAGACGGGCCAACACAUUGUGGGGCAUUCGAUAUCACGUACAUGGCUUGCUUGCCAAAUAUGGUGGUCAUGGCUCCUUCAGAUGAGGCUGAGCUCAUGCAUAUGGUGGCUACUGCAGCAGCCAUCGAUGACAGACCGAGCUGCUUCAGAUUUCCAAGGGGUAACGGAGUUGGAGCAACUCUGCCUCCAAACAACAAAGGGAGCCCGCUCGAGAUCGGAAAGGGUAGGAUCUUGGUGGAAGGGACGAGAGUAGCUCUUCUUGGGUACGGCUCUGCUGUUCAGCAGUGUCUCGAUGCAGCAAAUAUGCUCGGAUUGAGAGGCGUUCCCAUAACAGUCGCCGAUGCGAGGUUUUGCAAGCCAUUGGACACCGAGCUCAUCCGGCAACUGGCCAAUCACCAUGAAAUACUGAUCACUGUGGAAGAGGGUUCCAUCGGAGGAUUCGGCUCGCACGUCGCCCACUUCUUGAGCUUGUCCGGGCUUCUUGAUGGACACCUCAAGUGGAGACCUAUGGUGCUGCCCGACAGGUACAUCGAGCACGGAUCACCCAAUGAUCAGCUCGAAGAAGCAGGAUUGACAUCGACGCAUAUAUCAGCGACAGUUCUAUCCCUCUUGGGACGGACCAAGGAAGCUUUUCAGUUCAAGAGAUGAUCACAAAACAAAGGGCCGAUUUCUUCUCUCCGAUGCUUCCUCUGCUCGGGUGCUACCGUGAUCCCAUUCCCUGCACAGGAUUGCCAAAAAACUCGCACCCUGGAACUAAUGUUUUUCCGUAAACGAUUCAUCCACAACCGAGGAAGACUGGUUCAAACGGAGAAAGGAGAUCACUAAAUUUUGGAUAUCGUAAAUUCAUUUAUCCAAAGGAGACUCCUUGUUCCUUUGUACUCUCUAUCCUGUACUGUACACCGAAAAAUAGAACGGUAUUUUUCACAAACGACGACAUAAUAUACACAUUCAAUGCAAUCGUUAUGUCCUCUCUA